AUGCCUUCAUUCUUCCUUUACAAUAUUUCUAUGGGGAUACAUACGACUGAAUGUGCGGCCUGGUUUACACGAUGGGUGCAAUGCCAAAACUUCACGAUCGCUCGCAGUGUUGUCUUCUGGGAAGCCGUGGGAAAACCUCCUCAAUCACGACUUUUUGACUAUUUUACAGCAGGAUGUGUCUCUGUCUGUUCAACGGGAUUUCUGCUUACAAUGGCUAUCCUGUCGUAUGAUAUGUAUGGAGUGGCCAAUGCCUGCGGACUGAUAGUCUCUGUUUUAACCCGAGCUUAUAUCCUGUCCGCAAACCGAAUGGAAAUCGAUAAAGCUGUCCUGAACUCAAAGGCUAGAAAGAACACGGAAAAGCUCAUUUUCAUUACUCCCGACACCAAGGUCAUUACUCUAUUCAUUCCGAAUGAACUUAUUGUGCCGGUCUUCGUGAAAAACCCUCACCCUAGCCCACGGUUGCCAUACCAAAUAGGUCGUUGGAUGAGCUGGUUAGCUUUUGGUAUCCAUGUCGUCACCGUUGGAAUGGCGUCUCUCGCUAUCCAAAUCUACACAAUUGGCCUGCUCUUGAUAUCUUCCAUUCUUAUAACGCGGGGGUUCGGCUGUGACGAUAAAGUGCGACCAGUCUCGGUCAAGUUCGAUGGUGGAGGUGAGACCCGCGCAUAUACAUGCACUAUUGGAUCUUAUUUGAAGGCAACUGUCUUUGAGUGGCCCUCGUUUCUGGAUUUCGAAGAGAUUUCAGAAUCAACUUGGCAGUUCUGCAAGCGUCCUGCAAAAGACCCAGCCAAAAGAUCUACGCGACGUAUGGAUCUGUACGCAUGGCUAAACCUGACCGCUGAAGAGGAAGAAAGCUUCUCAAAGUGGAAUCUCCUUCCUCAUAAGCGCGGCGAUAAUCCAUCGUGGGAGAAUGCAUUCAAUGCAAAAAAGGCACUCAUUCGCCGCCGCUCUCCGAAUAUCUUGCAAAUCAAGAAACGCGUGGAACAGGCUAUCGAGUUUAAUUCUACCAGCCUGAAACCCCAAGAUGGCGCCGAUGUUGAAGGGCAAAUCUCUGACAGUGGGGAAAAUACUUUGAGACAUCCGCAACGAGUACAAAGCACAAAGACAACGGAUGGAGGCGUGAAAGGAAAUCAUUAG